AUGUCUUGUUCUACAAGGUUUCAAAGGGUUGUUGCUGGAAUCCAGAAAUUGUAUCCCAUUGCGUACGCAGACGGCGCGUGGGAUAACACGGGACUGCUGGUGGAUGCGUCUGGAGUGAACAAGAACGACAAGUUCCAUAUUUUGCUCACUGUUGAUUUGACCCAGUCGGUGGUGGAGGAGGCUGUUCGGGCCCGCUCGAGUCUUGUGCUGGCGUACCAUCCGUUCAUCUUCCGGGGACUCAAGAGCAUCACGCCGAAGGACCCGCAGCAGGCCUCGUUGAUUAAACUCAUCCAUCACGGCGUCUCCGUGUACUGUCCGCACACGGCAGUGGACGCGGCCAAGGGGGGUGUGAACGACUGGCUUGCCGAGGCGGUGGCCAACGUGGACACCAAGACGGUGAUAGAGAAGAACCCGGACGUUGAGGACGUGGGGAUGGGCCGGUUGUUGACCCUGUCGAGCCCGGCUAGUUUAGACGAGCUGAUCCCAGCCAUCAAGUCCCAUUUGGGAAUCAACCAUCUACAGGUUGCUACUAACAAGUCACAUUCAGAGAAAACCAUCUCCACGGUCGCCCUUUGUGCAGGCUCUGGUGGAUCUGUAUUCAGAGGAGUGAAAGCUGACCUGUACCUGACCGGGGAGCUGUCCCACCACGAAGCCCUGUAUUUCAAAGAAACAGACUCCAGUGUGAUCGUUUGCAACCAUUCCAAUACAGAAAGAGGAUUCCUCAAAGUGCUCAAACAACAAUUACUAACACAGUUCCAAUCCACAGACCCAGAAAUCGUGAUCGAUAUCUCGACCACAGACAAAGACCCGUUCCAGACUUUUUAG